UUCACGCCGACUGACGCAUCAGGUUCAUUCCGUCUGUAAACAACAAACACCGACGAAAGUUAUUAUGCCUCAGCUAAUAACUUAUGAUCCCGUUAAUCCUGAAGCACACCGCCUCUGAUCUGAGAGCCUCAGCAGUUAAAGAGGUUUAAUCCAGAAUGCUGGAGACGGUGACUGAUGGGGGAAGUUUGCUCCGUUAUGCCAAUACCAGUGUGUUUCCCACCGCGGACAACAGCUCUGAGUUCAACCCUGACCAUGAGAACAACAUCACCAAACCACACAGAUGCCUGCAGAUCCUGUACGACGACAUCGGGCGCUCAAGGGUUCGUUACUGGGACGUGAUGCUGCUCGUCCCAAACGUGGCUUUCCUGGUCUUCCUGAUGUGGAAGCUUCCUUCUGCUCGCGCUAAGAUCCGUCUGACCUCCAGCCCCAUAUUCGUGGCCUUUUAUAUCCUGGUGUUCGUGGUGGCGGCUGUAGGAAUCACACGUGCCAUCGUCUCCAUGACCGUCAGCACAUCCAGCGCCGCCACACUCAUAGACAAGGUGCUUUGGGAAAUUACUCGGUUCUUUUUAUUGGCUAUUGAGCUCAGCGUCAUCAUACUGGGACUGGCUUUUGGCCAUCUGGAGAGCAAGUCCAGCAUCAAGCGUGUGUUGGCCAUCACUGCGGUGCUGUCUCUGGCCUACUCCAUCACACAGGGGACUCUGGAGAUUCGUUUCCCGGACAAACAUCUCUCCGCUAAAGACUUCAACAUCUACGGCCACGGCGGGAGGCACUUCUGGUUGGCCAGUUCCUGUUUCUUUUUCCUGGUGUAUUCUCUGAUAGUCAUCCUACCUAAGACUCCAGUCAGAGAGAGGAUCUCGUUGCCAUCGAAGAGGAGUUUUUACGUGUACGCUGCCAUCCUGUCCCUGCUCAAUCUGGUUCAGGGUUUGGGAAGCGCGCUGCUCUGUGCCAACAUCAUCGAAGGCCUGUGCUGCGUGGAUGUGACCACAUUCCUGUACUUCUCCGUCUUUGCUCCUCUGAUCUAUGUGACGUUCCUCAAAGGAUUCUUUGGGUAA